AUGCCUGCAUCAGAAACGCUACAAAGAAUAAAGCAGCAUAAAGCGUAUAUAUGGCUGAAAAAAGUGUUUGACUUUCUACUAGGUCAGUGGUUCUUUAUCCUAUUGGGUGUCUUUGUCGCUCUUGCUCACUCAUAUCCUGAAUUUGCCAAAGAAGGAGGCACGAUAAGGGGAGAAUACUCAAUUGGAUAUGGUGCUGUUGCCGUCAUUUUCCUCAUUAGUGGAUUAUCAAUGUCAACAAAGCAGUUGAUUGUCAAUGCUAUGAAUUGGAGAGCACAUUUCACCGUUUUAUCAAUGUCCUUUUUGAUCACGAGUGCCAUCAUCUAUGGUAUUGUUUGCGGUAUCAAGGCAUCUCAUGAUGGCCAAAUUGAUGACUGGUUGCUUGUGGGAUUGAUUGUUACUCAUGCUUGUCCAACGACUGUUUCAUCCAAUGUCGUUAUGACUAAACAAGCUGAUGGAAAUGAUAUCUUGACGUUAUGUGAGGUGUUUAUUGGUAAUAUCUUGGGUGCGUUCAUUACACCAGCAUUGAUUCAAAUGUAUUUGACAGGUACUUGGGAGUUUGGUAACCCUAGUCAUCAAGCAGAAGGUGACAACUCAGUGGGUGAUCUUUAUAGACAUACUAUGAAACAAUUGGGUCUAAGUGUAUUUAUACCGUUGUUUGUGGGUCAAGUUGUGCAAAAUGUGUUUCCCAAACAAACGAAAUGGACAUUGACGACAUUCAAAUUGAGCAAAGUUGGAUCAUUCAUGUUGUUGUUGAUUAUGUUUCAAUCGUUUUCAACUGCAUUUGCGCAACAUGCAUUCACUAGUGUUUCUCAUGCAUCAAUCAUCUUUUUGGUAUUUUUCAACAUUGGAAUUUACUUGUUCUUUACUGUGAUUUCAUUUGUUUACUCACGGCCAUAUGUCAUUCGACGUUGGUUGUGGGAGAUCCCCAACAAAAACUCAUCAAGAGCAUAUCGCUGGGCUUACAACAUAUUCAACCCAUUUUACUACAACAAGAGAGAUACAGUUGCAGUAAUGUUGUGCGGUCCAGCAAAGACUGCUGCAUUGGGUGUGUCGUUGGUAUCAUCACAAUAUGGUGCUCAUAAUCCCAAAUUGGGAAUCUUGUUGGUUCCUCUAGUCUUGUACCAAGCUGAGCAAGUAAUGACGGCAAAUUUCCUUGUUGUGUUGAUGAAGAAAUGGAUCCAUUAUGAUGAUAAUAAACCAAAACCAUCUGAUGCCGAGAGCGAGUUGAGCCAUCGUGAUACGGAUGAGGAAGAUCGAGAAGAAGUGGAACAAGAGCGUAGAUUAGAAGAAGAGGAUGAUCAGAGAGACGGGUUGGAAGGUGCUAUUAGUCGACACAACGAUGAAGACACAGCAUCGUACUCAACCGACUCAAAUGUAAAGAAAUAG